AUGAGUGCUCCUUUGGGGAUAAACUGCUCUGCUGCACCUGGAAGCCUUCAAGGCUUCAACCUUAUGCCUCAAAUGAUGGCUCAGAUGAUGGCCUCCUUCGCUUGGCAACACUUCAUUAAUCAAGUGCUGGCCACUCAAGGGAAUAACAACAACAACACGGGUGCAAGGGUAGAAGAGAAUUUGUCCAAACCAUACAAACCAAGUAAUCUUUCGUGCUUCUCACAGCAAAUAGCCUAUUAUGAUUUUCAAACGAAAAUCAAAAUGCCGUCCCAUAUCAAGACAUACGACGGAACCGAGGAUCCAGAAGAUCACAUUCAAAUCUUCACUGGUGCUACUAGAAUUGAGAAAUGGUCAAAUGCCGAAUGCUGCCUCAUGUUUAUGCAGACCCUCAUAGGAUCGGCCAGGAUAUGGUUCAACGAUUUACCAGCCAGAAGCAUUCGAAGCUUCGAUGAUCUGAGCAAAGGGUUUCUAGCCAAUUUCUCACAACAAAGGCGGUACAUCAAAGAUGCUACGGUGAUCUUUCAGAUAAAACAAAGGGAUGAUGAAAGCAUUCGAGAGUUCAUAGAAAGGUAUAAAAAGGAGGGUCUGACGUAUGUGGGCGCGGAUGAAAAGAUGAGAGUAGUCGGUUUCGUGAAUGCAAUUACCUCCAAAUACCUUACCAGGGAUUUCAACAAGUCCCUGCCAAAAACCUUAGAAGAAGCUCUCGAAAGGGCCAAAGCCCACAUCAGAGGAGAGGAGGCUGUAAACAAAAAAGAGCAAAGAAAAGGGGAUCUAGCUGGCGAGGCAACAGUCCAGCUACAAAAAAGGGAAACUUCCAUUCCUAUGACAGACGCUAAAGGGGUUCAGAGCAACGAAGGUCUGAAGGCCGGGACCCUCCAAGCAGGGAGAAGGCCAUAA